AUGGCAUACGUUGGAUCUUUAUCAUUACUCUUCGCAAUAUUACUCAUGGCGGAAAUUUACGGUGAAAUUACAGAAAACUAUUUCAUUAUCUGGUUAUCUAAACCAUUGUUAAUGCCUGUAUUAUUAUUAUUAGUUUUUCUCAAUGCACAUCACAAUUUAUCCGCCGAACGAUUUUGUUUAGUAAUAUCCUUGAGUUUUUCGUGUAUAGGCGAUAUUUUGUUGAUGCAACGUCGAAAUCAUUUAUUUGUGUUUGGUUUAGUUUCAUUUUUAAUUGCGCAUAUCAGUUAUGUUAUUUCAUUUGUGGUCCGACUACGACAUGAAGGACAAGAAUUGAGACGACGAUUAACGAUUUCAGCAAUGAUAGUCGCCAUAGUUCCAUUUUUAGCAUAUAUUGCACUAAUGCUUUAUGUUUUAUGUCCGAAAUUACAAGUCGAUAGAGACGAAACCAAAGGUUUACUUCUACCUGUCGUUUUUUAUAUAUUUAUCAUUGUUGGUAUGGCGUAUAUCUCGUAUUUGCGUGAUCAGAAACUGCCUGGCUUUUGAAAUGUCUUCAAAGUAAACAUGGAUGUAAAUCAAUCUACGUCAACAGAAACGAACGAGAACAGUGGACUUUUCAGCAAAGGUAUUGAAUCAUUUGGCUCAUGGACCAAUGAUCUCGAAACUCUGAACAAAGAAUUCAAUGAUGCGAAACCAUUUCCGAAUGUUCAAAUCAAUAAUUUCUUCAAACCAGAAAUCGCCGAUGCACUUUACGAAGUAUUUCCAAAAGUUAGCGAUGAUCAUAAGUGGAUUGUCUAUCACAAUCCAAUCGAGAAAAAGCAUGCUUUAACCGACUUCUCCUCGCUACCUGAAUUCAAGCAAUUAUUUGCUCUGCUACAAACUAAAGAAUUCGUUGAUAUUAUCAAACAAAUCAGCGGAAUUGAUAAUUUAGAAGCUGAUCCGCAUCUCCAUGGUGCUGGACUUCAUCAACACAUUCCCGGUGGUAAGCUCGAUAUGCAUUUAGACUACAAGUGGAAAGAAGAAUAUGGUGGAGCGAUUGAACUAUGGAAUGAAGAUUUUACAAAAUGCGAAAAGAAAUUAACUCCGUGUUUUAAUACAGCUAUGCUUUUUCGCACAUCGGAUGUGUCGUAUCACGGUUUACCUCUCCCAAUCAAAUGUCCUGAGGGUAAUUCACGCAAAUCAAUCGCGAUUUAUUAUGUCUCAGAUCCUCGUCCGGAUUUGGCGAAUAUUCGUUAUAAAGCACAAUUCCGUCCGUUGCCAACUCAGCCAGUGAAUGAAAAACUUGAGCAACUCUAUCGUAUUCGUGAAAAACGUAUUAUAACCAAAGAUGAUUUGGAAACGAUCUAUCCCGAUUGGCAAACCGAUGGCAAUGGAUUUUGGUGA